AUGGCCUCUAUUCGCGGCUGGAUCUGUGGCUUUCUGGUUCCUACCACGCUUGCUCAAUGGGCAGACCCUGGCCUCACGCAGGUUGCUUUCGGCGCAAACAACGGAUGCGAAGAGGGUAGCAUACAAUAUCCUGCGCUCGAGGGCAUUAAUAUUAUUUCACUCACUACGACCGAGCAACGGAACUUCACAUACAAGCCUCACCCCAGAUUUCGGUUUGGCCGGGAGAUUCAUGGCCUGAACUUUUGCAACAUCACACUGGUCUAUACCCAUCCCGGCUGGAACGAUGAGAUCGAAGUUACAACCUUUCUUCCGAUGGAAAAGUGGAACGGAAGAUUUCAGGGAAACGGAGGUGGCGGAUGGGUUACGGGGGGGAUUGAAGUAGGCGGGAUUACGAUGAUGCCCUCUUUAGAGGCAGGAUUCGUCGUCAGCACAACUGAUGGUGGCCACUCGAGUAAACUUGACGAAGCAUCAGGAAAUGAUAUGUCUUGGGCAUUCACCAGUCCCGGAAGCAUCAAUUGGCCACUCUUUCUCGACUUUUCUCACGUCGCCUUACACGAUAUGGCCACAAUUGGAAAAGCGUUGACGGAGGCUUUCUACGGCGCCCCUCCAAAGUACACAUACUUUUACGGCGGCUCAACUGGCGGAAGACAGGCGUACAUGCUAGCCCAGCGCUAUCCAAACGACUUCGACGGAAUUCUAGGCUUCUGUCCUGCCAUCAACUGGGAUAAGUUUCAAUGGUCUCCUCUGUGGGCUCAUCGAGUCAUGGAUAAGAAGGGCGUCUACCCGCGGCCUUGCGAGUUCCAAGCCAUCACGGCUGCGGCCAUGAAAGCAUGCGACGGGCUUGAUGGGGCCGAGGAUGGAAUCAUCUCUAUGCCUUCUCGGUGCUUUUUCAAUGCCAGUACUCUCGUCGGCCGGCCCUUCGACUGCGGAGGGAAUGACGCGUUGUUUACUCUCGAAGCAGCAGAGGCGGCGAAUGCUGCAUGGAAUGGACCACAGAGCGUGACCGGCGAGUUUCAAUGGUAUGGGUACGGGAGAGAUGCAAUAAUGUGGCAGUUCGGUGCCCUCCAUACGUCGUGUGAUGGCAAAGGGGAGAAAUGUGCGCCGGUCCGGUUGUCCAUCGCCGAGUCGUACGCACGAUACUUUGUUGCCAAAAACGCCAACCUCGAUCUUCAAGCGCUUAGCCACAGUCAGUGGGAUGAUCUUUUCGUCGCGUCACGGAACGAGUACGAAUCGAUCACCGGCACUUCCGAUCCCGACUUGAGCAGGUUCCGUAAGGCUGGAGGCAAAUUGCUUAGCUGGCAUGGGAUGGCGGACCAGAUCAUUCCAGUCAACGGUACCGUCGAUUACACAGACAGAGUCCUCAAGAAGGACCCCAAAGCUCACGACUACUUUCGCAUGUUCCUCGCUCCGGGCGCUGAUCACAGUAUCUCAAAUGGCCUUGCUCCGCGGAACACGCUGUCCGCGCUGAUCGAUUGGGUAGAGAAGGGGAUUGCACCGGUCACAUUGCGGGUUGAGGGGCUCAACGCCUAUGGCAAGCACAUGACGAGAGACAUCUGCAUGUACCCGCAAGUUCAACACUACGUUGGAGGCGACCCAGCAUUGCCGUCAUCAUUUGCUUGCGUUUGA